GGCUCUCGCCCCUGGAGCCAAGAUGGAAGCCCUGAGCCUUCAGUCCAAGUCAGGUCUGGGUCCGUUAGGGACCCGAUCCGUGCCGCCAAAAUCUCCUGCUGGCAAUGAUAAAAGCUUCAGCCGAGGAUUCCUGAACCGAAGUGAAUCUAUAGAGCGAGCAGCUAAGGAAGUGCCAGGAUGUCCCCAGAACUCGGGGCCUCCGGGCCCCACGUCCAGGAAGGCGUACCCUCAGAGACCAAAGCGGGUGAAAGCCAUGUACAACUGCGUAGCCGACAACCCAGACGAGCUGACGUUCUCUGAGGGGGAUGUGAUCGUGGUGGAUGGAGAGGAGGACCAGGAGUGGUGGCUGGGCCACAUCGAAGGAGAUCCGAUGAGACGAGGCGCCUUCCCCGUCACAUUCGUUCACUUCAUCACCGAAUGACGAAGCACUGCGGUUCUCCGGAAGGCGUUGUGAGAUUCUUCUCGCCAUCUUCACUGCAGCAGUGCUGCCUUCCACAGAGGACCCAUGGGGGGG